UAAGGUAAAAUGUGUUGCAAUCUUCUCACUUUUAUGUUACAUUGUUCACAUGGUAUUCUAUAUAUUUCGAGCAGACCUUGUGCUUCCAAUAGUUAUUAAUUGACUUGUAGGGAGAGACUUAUGUCACCACAAACAGAGACUAAAGCUGGUGCUGGCUUUAAAGCAGGGGUAAAAGACUAUCGUUUAACUUACUAUACUCCUGAUUAUGAAACCAAAGAAACCGACGUUUUAGCUGCAUUCCGUAUGACUCCUCAGCCAGGAGUUCCUCCAGAAGAAGCUGGUGCAGCGGUAGCAGCUGAAUCUUCCACCGGAACAUGGACUACUGUUUGGACUGAUGGUCUUACUAGCCUAGAUCGUUACAAAGGUCGUUGCUAUGAUAUCGAACCUGUACCUGGAGAAGAAAACCAGUACAUCGCAUACGUAGCAUAUCCUUUAGAUCUAUUCGAAGAAGGCUCUGUUACUAACCUAUUUACUUCCAUCGUAGGUAACGUAUUCGGAUUUAAAGCUCUUAGAGCUUUGCGUCUAGAAGAUUUACGUAUUCCAGCUGCAUACGUAAAAACUUUCCAAGGCCCUCCUCAUGGUAUUCAAGUAGAAAGAGACAAACUAAAUAAGUACGGUCGUCCUCUAUUAGGUUGUACUAUUAAGCCUAAACUAGGUUUAUCUGCUAAAAACUAUGGUAGAGCUGUAUAUGAAUGUUUACGUGGUGGAUUGGAUUUCACCAAAGAUGAUGAAAACGUAACUUCCCAACCUUUCAUGCGCUGGAGAGACAGAUUCUUGUUUGUAGCUGAAGCAAUCUUCAAAGCUCAAGCUGAAACUGGCGAGAUCAAAGGGCAUUACCUAAAUGCUACUGCAGGUACUUGUGAAGAAAUGAUGAAGAGAGCAGCUUAUGCUUAUGAUUUGGGUGUACCAAUUAUUAUGCAUGACUACCUAACCGGUGGUUUCACUGCUAACACCAGUUUAGCUCAUUAUUGCCGCGAUCAUGGUCUUCUUCUACACAUUCACCGUGCUAUGCACGCAGUUAUUGAUAGACAAAAGAACCACGGUAUUCACUUCCGUGUAUUAGCGAAAGCUCUACGUCUAUCUGGUGGUGACCAUAUCCACUCUGGUACUGUAGUUGGUAAACUAGAAGGUGAACGUCAAGUAACCCUUGGAUUCGUAGAUCUUCUUCGUGAUGACUACACUGAAAAAGAUCGUAGCCGUGGUAUUUACUUUACUCAAGACUGGGUAGCUCUUCCUGGGGUUCUACCAGUAGCUUCUGGUGGGAUUCACGUAUGGCAUAUGCCUGCUUUGACUGAAAUCUUUGGAGACGAUUCUGUACUUCAAUUUGGUGGUGGUACUUUAGGUCACCCAUGGGGUAACGCUCCUGGAGCUGUAGCUAACCGUGUUGCUCUAGAAGCAUGUGUGCAAGCACGUAACGAAGGUCGUGAUCUUGCUCGCGAAGGUAACGAAGUAAUUCGUGAAGCUGCUAGAUGGAGUCCUGAAUUAGCUGCUGCUUGUGAAGUAUGGAAAGAAAUCAAAUUCGAAUUUGAUACUAUGGAUACUCUAUAGUAUUUUCUAUUUGACACAAAGUUGCUAACUGUGGAAUAAUCUUUGGGAAGUAUG